CAUCGAGUACCUGCUGCGGCACUUCAACCUCCCCAGCAAGGAGGAUAUGCCCGUCCUGCUCACCCCCCGAUGAACUUGGGAAUUCGGCUCACGCAAUGGGGCGUCGAGCAUACCUGAAUCGGCUGGCUCUGGGCCGGUCACCUUACGAAGCUCCCGAGCGUCCUGCAGGUUCUGCAGGAGACUCAGGAAAUGCCACGCAGCGGACAGUAUCAGGGGUCCAUGCGGACGGUUAUGUCCAGCAUUAUGAUGAAAGAGGCCAUCCUGUUAACCCGGAAUCCAAGUCAUUUGGUAGGGAACUCCGCCGGGCAAAGAAUGACAUUCUUUCCACCAUGGGGGUUGUUGUCAGCGAAGAUCGUAACAUGGGUGGCCUCGAUGAACAGCAGAAAAUUGACAUCAUAGCCACCGAGAAUGACUACGGCCUGGUUAUGGCUACUUUGGACCAGGUUUCGGUUUUUCUAGGCUCUUGGUGGACCUCAUCCCUCUUGGGCAGAAUUCAGACUUUCAGGAGUUACACUCGCCUGCCUUUGCUAAGCAUUGUACGCCUUGAGCGCCCAGCUUACGGGCUCAUGGGAUUCUACUUUGCCGGAAUUCCAGCAUGGGCAGUGUCCACCUGCAUUUCCUUCUGUCGCCAUCAGCCCCUGGAACGCUUGAUAGCUUUCUUGCAGAAUCAAUUCCUGAACGAUGACGUGGGGUCAAAGCUUGUGCGAGCAUUGCUAAAUGUUCUACACUCAUCGGCGAGGGGGACAUUACUGGUUCUGGCAAUACAGACAUACAUGUACUCUCUCUUACAGUCUCUUCACAUCGUCCCCGCCCACUCUAUGCCUGGAAUUCGCUUUUUUCUGCCAUUCGGAGAACUGGCUUCAAUGCAACUUCCGGAGUUGCCGACUGAUCUUUCAAUUGGAUCCCUUGUCGGGCUUUUUUUGAGCAUCCUGAAAACGCCAUCUGUGCUCGUCUACCUCUCUGUAUAUCUACGACCAGUAGUCGAAGUAAGACUCUAUCGAUUCAUUCGACGCAGACUGCCGAAGCCUAUCUACGCGGAUGCGCUUUCUGUCAAAGUGGCGUACGACAAUGAUCUUAUCGAUUGGAUGAUGCCAUCAAUUGGGCGUCGAGCAGAGGAGGAAAACCUCCGCGGUAGUCUUUCCUUCGCAGAAGACCUGAUGUAUGAGGUCAAUUUUGUACGGUCCUGGGUACUGUCCUGGUUCGGCUUCAAGUCAUUACGAACGGCACGGGCGGCAGAGCAAGCGGCAGAUGCUCGCCGUCGGCAAGAAUGGUUAGAAUCACUACCUCAAAGCAUAGAGCAACUGCAGCAUGAACGUCAGUCACGAGCCCGUCGACCACGAAGACGGUCAUCCGACCCUCCGCUUGUGGACGGCCAAGUGAAUCAUGACCCAGCCCGCCCUAGUUCCCCAAAUCGACGCUCUGUCGGCCAAACUCCAGAUUUAGAUGUCGAUUUUACGGGUAAUCAAGUUCUUACCAAUGAAGAGAAUCGGAUGUCGCAAUCACCAACCGAAAUGAGUAGUCGUGAUCUCGCGGAGAUGGCUCCUCUGCGACGGGCAAGGACCUUACCUCCACCAGAUGAGACCCCUUCGACUCUACCGAAUGCAGAGUCACAGCCCGGCGAUGCAAAUGAGGCUCACCGGAACUCACAGUCCAACACUCUUUUCUCCCGUCCAUCUUCACCGGCGACCUCUUCUCCAACCUCACCCCGAGUCCGGGCUUCGUUGAUCCAUCAAACAUCCGAUGUUAUUACCAUGCAAUUGGAGCUGUUGGGGUACCGUCGCACGGAGAACCAGGAGCAGGCAAAUACAAGGCCGGGUAAUGAAACCGGCCAAUCGGCUUCCAACGGCGAAACGGCAGAUGGGCAAACAAUCUCCGAAUUUCUCGAUAAUCUCUUGUCCAGUCAGGGCCGGCAUCUAACUACUGUUGUUAGCUCAGAAAACAUGGACAGUGAUGGGCUCUCUGAAAUGACCACCAAUGCAUCACCAAGGCCGGUGGAGGAUAUAGCUCCCGAGUCUCAGAGUCAGGUACAGGAUUCGAGAGUAGAACAGCCACCUGCUGAAGCGUCUGCAUCGGAUCCUGUCAAUAUAUUGCCUGAGAGCAUAGAAGAACCGGCACAAGUGGAUACACUCCAUCAGCCUUCUGAAGAAGAGCGAGCCCACGAGAAUGAUUUUGAUUCCGAGAUAUUCCCCCACAUCUCCGACCCCAAUAUUCGCCAGAACAUGGCAGCUAAUCCUUCAGCGACUGCACAUCGAAUUACUAUUCUCUCAUCUCACCCUGUUGAUUCUUUAGCAUCGCAUCUUGCAUCUAUAAUCACUAAUGUGAUGUUCAUCCCUCUCGAGUCCCUCUACCUGCGGUCUCUUGCUACAUCAUAUCUGCAGUCUACUCAUGCCCCUGUCGCUCUUCGGGCUGAUGUCCGGACGAUGGGAGAUUGGGGAUGGAGCUCACGAUCAGAUAUCCUCCCAUACCUGGGUAAAAUUGCUCUUGUUUUGGGAAUUCAAGUUGCCGUGAACGCCAGUGUAUGGGGUGUAAUAUCCGGCAGCGCUAUGAAAAUCGGAAAAAGGUUCUGUGGUUGGGGAUCACUGUGAGCAUCUUUCCGACACCACCUUGAGCAGCUUCUUGUUUGCCACUGGUUAUUCUCAUCCACCAGUAUAUCUCUAUGGCUGGCAUCCCUCUUUCAUUCUUUGCACAAAUUACCUAACAUAAUGGACACCUUCAUCGAAAAGUAGAUUACAUGUAAUUCCAGAUAUCUUGAGGGCUCGCCCG